AGAGUCAGUUCUGUUCAGUUGAGUAUCGUCGCUUGGUUUUGCCUGUUGUGUGUUAUAGCUCUAGUUUAGCGCGUCGAGCCAAAUUAUUGUGUUUAAUUAAAUUAAAUCAAGUGAAAUGUUUCAUUUAUAAAUUGAAAAUUCCAAACACUAAGUGGAAGGAAAAAAGUGUUGAUUUUUCUUUAGUCUCAAUUCGUUUGCUAUGCCAGUCAUGAUCUUGGCUCAAAACCGGCAACAGAUUGACGCAACUAAACUGAACUACCUUGAUGACGCAUUUAUUGGCCAACAACAACUACAACGACAACUUUGUAUCUGUAUCUGUUGUGAGUGAGCGAUCCAAAGAUGCUCGUCAUUAAAACAAAAACGCUUGGCGCGCAUUUUUCCAACUCAUCAUCAAAAGCAAAACUGGCGCAAAACUGUGCAAAAAGUAGAAGCAGCUGCUCCGGCUGCUCGGUCUGGUGCAUUGUAUUUACAUUGCUAUUCUGCUGCUGUGGUCCAACAGCUGCUCAUCUUGGCAAUUCUGUUGGAUCGCCUUCAUCAUCUGUGGAUGCAAGCAAUCUGGUGCGAGUGAAUAAAUGCUGCGAGAAAUUUGAAAUCCAUGUGGAAAAUGCAUGUCAGCUGGUCAAUGAGACGGAUCAAUUUCAACCGAAAUUCAUUAGUUUAGAUGGUAAAGAUAUCGCCAAUGUGCAAUAUAAAUUUGUGAUUGGCAUACCAAAUUGUGGUUCUUUACAAAUUUGGGAUAUCUAUGACAAUGGCAAGGAUGAUAGCAGCGACAGAUUGCAACUGUUGGACAAUGGCAAACUGAGACAUUACACCCGAACGCUAUCAAAUGUGGAGGGAGAAAUCAGCGAGACUAAAUAUGAUUUGGAGCCAGGACAAUACUGUCUGGAUAAGGUUGAGGCAAAAAAUCAUAGUAAAGAGGUAUUAUUUGCAAAGAUUUGUGUGCCCAAAGCUUUGGAGAUGGAAUGGGACGAUUGGCAUUUUGUUCUUAUGAAAAUACUUGAUCCCAUUUUUCAUAUAAUCUCGUUGAUAAUUUUGUUGAUCAUAGCCAUUGUCUAUUUCAUUUUACCCACAUUGAGCAGAGAUCUGGUUGGCAACAUUGUGACAACAAUUGCCAUGUGCCUGAUGAUUAGCCAGGCCUCAGACCUGGUGCGGAUCUUCACCAUGUUCUCCAGUCAUGUGAGCUUCAUUGUGGCCGACAUUAUCCUAAGUUCCAGCCAAUUGGCAGCCUUUGUUUGGUUAAACAGUUUCGGUUUCUACAUUUGGAAAACAUUCCGCUCGCGAAAUGUAUUUCUAAGAGUAACCGAUGGUCGGAAGUAUUGUUAUUAUUCGGCCUACGCUUGGAGUUGUGCUGGGAUCAUGGCCGCAUUGGCGGUCUUUGCACAUUUCUUUCUCGAUGUUGAUCUGUAUAAACAGGAGCACAUGGUGGCCGAACAGCAGACAAUAGGUCUGUUGGCCAUGUGCAUAUUCUUUGCUCCCAUCGCCUGUACGAUAUUGAUAAACAUAUUCUUCUUUGUGACGACAAGCAAGUUAAUAAACCGCCGGACAGUCUACGGACGCAUCGCCCACAAACUGAAGGCAAACUUCAUCAUGUUCUCGUUGAUGUUUUUGGUCAUGUCAGUGGUUUGGUUGUUUCAUUUAAUGACCUGGCUAGAGCUCGAUGGCCUGAUGUAUGCCUAUAUUAUUGUUAAUGCCCUGCAGGCUCCUCUUUUGCUCUACAUUUGUGUACUGCGGCAGCGUCACGUCACAUUUCUGCUAAGGAAAACCUGUUGCUACAAUGAACCACCAUCGGCAAAUGACUGGGGCGAUGAGUUGCACUAUAUGAACGGCAACGACUAUUGACAUAUCUAUAACCUAAUCUAAUUAACCUAAGACCUAAGUUUUAGCUUUGCUAAGUGUUUUAGUUUAACAAUGUUAAACAUUGAGAAUUGUACUUAAAACUUAUUUAAAAAACAACAAAAAUAUAUCGAACUAAUAAGUCUGACACCACUGA